CUAUGAAAGUCUACUGAUCAUAGUUUGUUGUGUCUGGUGUCUGCUAGUCUGCUGUUCCGUGUUGAGGUUGAGUUUGAAGUCUUUUUGAUGAUUGUAAAUAAUAAGUAAACGAUGGGUAAACGCUAUUUUGAACAGAAACCGGCUGGUACCGAAGAAACAACUCAUGAUAAUGACAAAGGAGGAGGUCUUAAGGUUUUCGGAGGCAGUCUCAAGAAAUCGAAGAGGCCUAAACACAUGCUGCAGAGACGAAAGAACGUAGAAAAUGUCAUGAAAAUGGCAAAACUUAGUAAAAACACAGGAUCCAACAAAGAUGUGAAGAAGCAAAAAGUUGCAAAAACAGAAAUCAUCGAGCGUCCGAAAAUCGCACCAGAAAAGCUGGAAGUGUAUUCACGUGGCGCAGGCCUGUCCGAUGUGUCUGGUAUCAAAACUAAGCUGAAUCAGCAAAAAGUCAAGAACAAGGAAAACACAGUUCUGUGGGCUUCAGAACUAGCAGCACGUACCGAAAUUCUACUUACGGAAGAAUUUGGAUGUUUGGAGGCAGAAGAUGGCGAAGUUACUAGACAGUACACUCAGAAGAGUAUUGUCGACAGUGUAGAUAUUACAAGCGCUACAAAAAGUUUUGAAUUGGAUCUUCGACAGUAUGGUCCUUACAGGAUAGAUUUUACAAGAAAUGGAAGGUAUUUAACGUUGGGUGGAAAGAAAGGACACGUAGCUGCAUUCGAUUGGGUCACAAAGAAACUUAUGUGUGAGAUAAAUGUUAUGGAAGAGGUAUUUGAUAUACAAUGGUUGCACAACGAAUUGAUGUAUGCAGUGGCACAAAAAGAGUGGGUCUAUAUUUACGACAGGCAAGGCGUUGAGUUGCACUGUUUGAAAGCAAUGAAUAAGCCUUUGAGGCUCCAGUUCCUUCCGUAUCAUUUUCUUCUUAGCGCUGUGAAUGAAGAUGGCUGGCUGUCGUGGUUGGACAUUUCGAUUGGCAAAAUGGUGGCACGCACCAGUUCGCAUUGCGGUCGGCCAAUAUCACUUGUUCAAAAUCCUUACAACGCUAUUCUGUGUUUGGGAAAUGCCAAAGGUGUUGUUUCAAUGUGGAGUCCCACGGUGCAGAAGCCUUUGGCAAAGAUGUUGUGCCAUAAAAUGAUUGUGCAAGGCUUGACAAUUGAUAACACUGGAAAGUAUAUGGCUACGUCGGCUCCCGACCACAGUCUAAAAGUGUGGGACAUUCGCAACCUGGACGGCCCCCUCCAGCACUAUCAGCUGCAAGCCAAUGCCACUCACUUGUCCUUCAGUCAGAAAGGCCUGCUGGCUGUAGCCAUGGGGAAUGUCGUUGAGAUUUUCAAAGAUUGUUGUACAACGUCAGCUGACAAAGCUUACAUGCGACAUCGAAUGACACAACACGUUAGUGACCUAGAAUUCUGCCCAUAUGAGGAUGUUUUAGGAAUCGGCUCUAGAGGGGGUUAUCACAGCAUUUUGGUACCAGGAAGUGGAGAAGCUAAUUUCGAUGCAUAUGAGGCAAAUCCAUUCCAAACAAGAGAACAGAGACGUGAAGCUGAAGUGAAGGCGUUGCUUGAGAAGAUUCAACCUGAAAUGAUAACUCUUGAUCCUACUUCAAUCAUUCAAGUGAACGUGCCAUCAUUGAAACAGAAAAUCGAAGCUAAGAAACAACUCCUGUUGGUCAAGCCACCUAAAAUUGACUUUACUCCGCGUAUGAAGAAGAAAAGACAUGGCAACACCGUUCGGAUGGCAAGAUCAAGAAAAAUUGUACAGGCUGAAGCUAAGCAGCAAUUCGUCAAAGCAAUGUCAAAGGCAAAGGCGUCUGCUCAUGAUGAGGUCAACGUUGACGAGUCAACCGAAAAGAGCGUUCUCGAUAGGUUUAAAAAGAAAAAGAAGACUGGUAAACCAGCUCCUGUUAAAUAAAUUAAUUUUCAUGUA